AUGUUUUUAAAAAAGUCACAUAAUAAUCACACGAACUUACACAAAUGCCAUCAACAUCACAGCUCACAAAUCAUACGGUUGCUUGCCCGUGAACUUGACCUCGAUCGGGCUCACGUUCUUACCAAUGGACCUCAUGUUCUGGCCGACACCAGUCCUGCCGGCGUUGACUUUCUCCGGGUAAACCCCGUCCUUGGGGUGCAGAGCCAGGCACUGUUCCUUCCGGGCCAGCUUCAGCAGAUUCGGGCCCUGGCGCAUGAUGGCGGCGCCGCCGGUCGGCAUCUCGAACACCUGCUCCUUCGGGGACUCCCACGUGAUGACAUAGAACUCCUCGAUCUGGGCCUUGCGGAGGAGCCCGCCGGUGCUGCCGCCGAAGAUCGGCGACGGGGUAUUCGGGUCGAGCUCCGGCGGGGUGAAUCCUGCGGGAGCCUCCGGCUCCUUCGUCGCCGCCGGGGCCUCGUCGGCCAUGGCGCGGAUUGGGCGGUAGGCGGCGGAGGAGAUGGGCUUUGCCGCCGGCCGGAGGGUGGGGAACUGCGCGAGGGACUGCUUCCACGGGGACGCCAGGCGGUCGGCGGGGUUGGGGGUGGAGAGUGUGGGGGUGAAGAGGGAGGCUUGGGUAGCCAUGGCCAUGAGAUUGGAGCUCAACCCUCCACUCCUCGUAUAAUCCGACGUGUUCGGGUACAACAAGGUAUACGGAACCUUAACAGGCCCACACCUAUUCCGGAACCUUCCGUCAAAGUUCCUCUCCACAAUCCUCUUCUCAAUCUCCACCAAAGCCUCACCAAACCUCCCGAAAGCCUCGAGUGGCCCACUAUCCGCCGUCCAUUUCGGACUCUCCCUCUGCCCGAGAUAAAUCUCGUCAGUCGAGUGCCUCGACAAUAUUUCAAUAAGCGACACUCCAAGCAGAGUUUGAAACUGUGCUGUUAUCGUUUUCAAAAAAGCCGAAUCCGGGCUCGACUCCAGCUCAGCAAACUCGGGAGUCCCGGGCUCGGGCAUUAG